AUGGUGUCGACGAGGCGAAGUGGAUCUCUACCGUCUAAUACCAAAAGACCAGCCUCUCCUUCCGAAGAUAAUAAUGAUAAUCCUUCUUCGCCGAAGCGUCCAAAGGCGGAGAGCAUAAAUAAUAAUGAUUCGAAGACAGAGGAACCUGUGCCGGCGGAGAAUCCAAAGGAAUUAAGCUCGACUGAUCCGCCGGAAGUACCUGAUGCUGCUGCCGUCAACACUUCUGCUACGGUGGCGUCGGUGGCUGCUGUCACUCCAGUGGCUGUGGAAGGGGCUACGGCGGCUACAGGGAAUACUCCGAGGAGCUCUUUUACUUCGUGGAAGCAGCUCCAAGCUUAUGAAAUGACAAGCCCAUGGUCCAGCCUUCUCACCCAAUCCCCGCAGAAUUCGACCGUUUUCAUUAAAACGACCAAUUUCUUGGUGGGCUCGAGCAAGCAAGCGAAUCUUAUGAUCAAGGAUCAAAACGUCAGCACGAUUUUGUGUUCCAUAAGGCUAACUAAGCGUGAGGAUAAAUCUAUUGCUGUGCUUGAAAGUUGGGGAAGCAAAGGAUGUGUGCAAGUCAAUGGAAAGACAAUUAAGAGAGACACUAGUUGUGAACUCAAUUCAGGAGAUGAAGUGAUCUUCGGCUUUCUGGGGAGUCAUGCAUAUAUUUUUCAGCAGCUGCAUUAUGAGCAUAUAAUAAAGAUGCCUCCACCAGAUGAUCAGAAUAACAAAGGAAAGUUGAUACAUGGUGAAAGACGAGCAGGAGAUGUGUCAGCUGUAGCUGGUGCUUCAAUUUUGGCAUCGCUUUCAAACUUGCGGCACGAUUUGUCUCAAAUUAAGGCUGCAUCUCUGGCAUGUGGUAAAAAGUAUGGAGGGAGUGAGCUACGCUCUUCCCCUGUUGUAAAUGAAGAUGAGCUUGAUGGCCAAGAAGUCAAUUCGGCUACAAAGACAGGCUCUGAAGCAGCUGCUAAUGUUGGAGCAUCCAGCAAGAUCCUCCCUCUUGAUGGCAAUCUAGAAUCUGGCAUAGAGGAAGAAAGAGACUGGAUUAGGGAUCCGAUGCCAACAUGUCUAUCCGGGACGUGUGCAAGAGCUUCAGCCUUUAGAGAAGACAUACUUGCUGCAAUUCUCCAUGGGCAACACCUGGAAGUUUCAUUCGAUAACUUCCCAUACUAUCUGAGCGAGAGUACAAAAAGUGUGCUGGUUGCCGCUUCAUGUAUUCAACUGAAGCACAAGGAGCAAGUUAAAUUUACAUUGGAUCUUCCUAAUCUGAACCCGAGAAUCUUGCUUUCCGGUCCUGCAGGAUCUGAUAUAUACCAGGAGAUGUUGGCAAAGGCACUUGCUCAAUAUUUUGGGGCUAAAUUGCUUAUUUUUGACAGCCAAACAUUUUUGCGUAGUUCUUCCAAGGACACUGAGCUAUCAAGAGAUGGACAUAAUGCAGAAAAAGUCUGCAGUACCACCAAUUGUGUUCCUGUUUCUGUAGAGCUGGGUAAGGGCAUAGGAAUUUCAGCUGGUGAAGCAGAUAUCCCCAAUUUUUCAUGUGCUCACCUUGCCUGUGAGCCACAGGAAGAAUUGGAAACUGACAACAUGCCCUCUUCAUCGGGUGCAGCCAAGAAACCUUUGUUCAAAUUUGGUGAUCGAGUCAAAUUCAUCGGUCCAGCUUCUGGAGGUUUAUAUUCAAGUUCUGCCAGGGGCCCAACUCCUGGAAUGCGAGGAAAGGUUCUGUUGCCUUUUGAAAAUAAUCCUGCAUCAAAAAUUGGUGUUAGAUUUGAUAAACCCAUACCUGAAGGAGUUGAUUUUGGGGGUCUCUGUGAUAAUGGUCAAGGAUUCUUCUGUAACGCCUAUGAUCUUCGGUUGGAUACCUCUGGUGUGGAGGAUCUGGAAAAUUUACUUAUUAACACAAUGUUUGAGACCGUAUUUGAUGAGAGCAGAGACUCUCCUUUCAUUUUGUUCAUGAAAGAUGCUGAGAAGUCGAUGGUGGGAAAUUCAGAAUCAUAUGCUAUAUUUAAGAACAAGCUGGAGAAGCUUCCUGACAAUGUUGUCAUUAUUGGUUCACACACUCAAACUGAUAAUCGGAAGGAAAAGUCACAACCUGGUGGUUUGCUAUUUACAAAAUUUGGCAGCAAUCAAACUGCGUUGCUUGACUUAGCUUUCCCUGAUAGUUUUGGGAGAUUGCAUGACAGAGUUAAAGACGUUACAAAGGCAACUAAACUUCUGUCAAAACUUUUUCCUAAUAAAGUAACCAUACACAUACCUCAGGAUGAAGCACUGCUGGCCAGUUGGAAGCAACAAUUGGAACAAGAUGCUGAAACCCUAAAACUGAAAGCAAAUCUGAACAAUUUACAUACUGUUCUAAGUCGUAAUGGUUUGGAGUGCGGCGGACUUGAAACAUUGAUCAUCAAAGACCUAACACUUACUAAUGAGAGUGCAGAGAAGGUUGUUGGAUGGGCUCUAAGUCAUCAUUUGACGAUGAACCCUGAAGCUGUUGCAAAUGCAUGGCUUGUUAUAUCUGAGGAGAGCAUUCGUUAUGGCAUUGAACUACUACACGCCGUCAAUAAUGAACCGAAGAACUCGAAGAAAUCUCUAAAGGAUGUUGUGACUGAAAACGAAUUUGAGAAAAGGCUUCUAGCAGAUGUUAUCCCUCCCAAUGAUAUUGGCGUGACAUUCGAUGAUAUCGGAGCACUGGAAAAUAUCAAGGAUACAUUGAAGGAGUUAGUGAUGCUACCUUUACAGAGGCCUGAACUUUUCUGCAAGGGUCAAUUGACCAAGCCCUGCAAAGGUAUACUUUUAUUUGGGCCCCCUGGAACUGGAAAGACCAUGCUCGCAAAAGCUGUUGCCACUGAAGCUGGUGCAAACUUCAUUAACAUUUCUAUGUCCAGCAUUACUUCAAAGUGGUUUGGUGAGGGUGAAAAAUAUGUGAAGGCUGUGUUCUCACUGGCUAGCAAAAUAGCUCCGAGUGUUGUAUUUGUUGAUGAAGUUGAUAGCAUGCUGGGACGGAGAGAGAACCCAGGAGAACAUGAGGCCAUGCGUAAAAUGAAAAAUGAGUUUAUGGUGAAUUGGGAUGGGCUGCGAACAAAAGAUACUGAACGCGUUUUGGUACUCGCUGCCACAAACAGGCCUUUCGACCUUGAUGAGGCUGUGAUAAGGCGGUUGCCGCGCAGAUUGAUGGUCAACUUACCAGAUGCUGCUAAUAGGGCAAAGAUCCUAAAAGUAAUAUUAGCCAAAGAGGAUUUGUCUUCCGAUGUUGAUCUGGAUUCAAUUGCAAGCAUGACUGAUGGGUAUUCUGGAAGUGACCUAAAGAACUUAUGCGUGACAGCUGCACAUCGCCCAAUCAGAGAGAUUUUGGAAAAAGAGAGAAGGGAGCAAGCCGCUGCUCUUGCUGAAGGUAAACCACCACCAGCCUUGUGUGGGAGCGCUGAUAUUCGGCCAUUAAUCACGGAUGACUUCAGAUUUGCUCAUGAGCAGGUUUGUGCAAGUGUUUCAUCAGAGUCCGUAAACAUGACCGAACUUCUCCAAUGGAACGAACUUUAUGGAGAAGGGGGCUCCAGACGGAAGAAAUCCCUUAGCUACUUCAUGUAA